UUGGCCAAGCUCAAGGCCAAGAUCAAGUGAACCGUAGCUACAUCAUGCUCAGCGUCAUCAGGCGCGUGGCCUUGUACCUGGUGUUGGGUGAUGGGACCUCUCUCCUCCGCAACCUGAUAGGAUUUGGCUGGCCAGCCUACAUCUCAACUAAAGCCACAGGGAAUCCCAACAAAGGAGGUGGUACCCAGUGGCUGACCUCCUGCAGUGUGUUCAGCAUUGCCGAAUUCUUUUCUGACCUCUGCCUGCCUUGGUCUCCCUUCCACCACAUGCUGAAGUGCGGAUUCCUGCUGCGGUGCACGGCCCAAGCGCUUCUAACAGGCGGAACCGCUCCACAAUCAUGUCUUUCUCCUUUCUUCCCGAAGCAGGAGUCUCAGGUGGGCAAUGCGGUGAAAGUCUUCAAGGGCAGAGCCAAAGAGACUGCAGAUGCCAUCACUAAAGAAGCCGAGAAAACUGUCGUAGAUUUAGUGGGUGAUGAAGAGAAAAGCACCUAG